CCAAUGUUAAUCGCUCAGUGUAGUGAAGAGAGAGGAGAGAAGGUAGCGCCAGAGACGCUCCCGCCGGCCAUUCUCCGGGUUUCAUGUCAGGGCCACAGCGUUGCAGGCGAGGUGCGCGAGGAGGAUGAUGACCAUGAACGGCAAGCAGCAUUUCUCCAUGCACGCGGCCCUGCACGAGCCCAAAUAUUCCGGCCUGCACGCGGGCUCGGAGGGCAUGCGCAGAGUGUGUCUGUCUGCCCCACAGGGCAAUCUAUUCGGCGGCUUUGAUGAGAGCCUGCUGGCACGCGCAGAGGCGCUGGCGGCUGCUGACGGCAUCGUCCCGCACGGCAAGAGCCACCCGUUCAAAGCAGACGUGACUUACCAUACGAUGAGCAGUGUCCCGUGCACCUCCUCCUCCGCCACCACCGUGCCCGUGUCCCACAGCAUCUCCUCCCACCACCACCACCACCACCUCCUCGGACCUCAGAGCCUGGAGGCCGCAGACCUGCUGGACCACCUCUCCUCCAGCCUGUCCGUCACGGGGAUGGGAGCCCCCCAGGAGGUGCCGUCGGCCCACCACCACCACCACCACCAGCAGCACCAGCAACACCACCACCACCACCUUCAGACCAUGGGCCAGUUGCACCAGGCGAUGGCCAGCAUGCACCCACACGCGCUCUCCGUGCACGGCAACGGCGGCGGCAUGGCGUGCAGCGUCAACGACGUGGAGUCGGACCCGCGCGAGCUGGAGGCGUUCGCGGAGCGGUUCAAACAGAGACGGAUCAAACUCGGGGUGACGCAGGCGGACGUGGGGUCUGCGCUCGCCAACCUGAAGAUCCCCGGCGUGGGCUCCCUGAGCCAGAGCACGAUCUGCAGGUUCGAGUCCCUCACGCUGUCCCAUAACAACAUGAUAGCACUGAAGCCCGUGCUGCAGGCCUGGCUCGAGGAGGCCGAGGCGGCGUACCGGGAGAAGAACAGCAAACCGGACCUUUUCAACGGGAGCGAGAGGAAACGGAAGCGCACGUCGAUCGCCGCGCCCGAGAAGCGCUCGCUGGAGGCGUACUUCGCCAUCCAGCCUCGGCCCUCGAGCGAGAAGAUCGCCGCGAUCGCGGAGAAGCUGGAGCUGAAGAAGAACGUGGUGCGCGUGUGGUUCUGCAACCAGCGGCAGAAGCAGAAGAGGAUGAAAUACUCUGCGGUGCACUGAGGUGAUGGACCAAGUCAUGAAUAAUUACGUUUUGAUCGAGUGAUCGUUAGAAAAAACCACCACAGGGAUUUACAAUCCGUCUGGGAUUAUUAUCACAGACUUCGUAUUUAUUCCGAUUUCUAUUGGGGUCGAUUCCGAUUCGUUUACCCUUUUCAUCUUUCCUACAACAGGUGCACAGGUGCGAUUGUACGUCGUUGUUGGAGAGGUUAUAUCGUGCUGAAGGAGAUUGAUGUUUUAUUCACACCCUCCUUUUCACUCACCGUUUAUCAGGGAACCUGUCUUUCUCGACAGUCUUGGACUGCACUAUUUGUCAAUAUUUGUGUGCUCAUCACUUUUCACACAUUCGUUUAAUCCGAUGUGAUUUUUUUAAGUUAUGUUAUGCGUGGGGGAAAAACCGUACAAUGUGAACUAUAGUUUGUUGAACGUGAUGGACACGGGCAUGAGGUUUGGACUCAUCCACGUUGCAGACAACCCACAACGAAUCUAGCCUAGGCCUUGUGCACACAACGCAGUAGAUAUCAACACAAUGUCUGUCACAAUGUUUUAAUCAAUGUUAAUGUUGGUCAAUGCUGCACAUCCAUGGGGUCCUGUUAAAGGCUGCUGCUAAUGAUGUUGUGUAUUUUUGAUGUGACAUGUUUUGGAGUACUAUUACAGGUGAAUAUAGCUAUAGCCCACAUGGACGUAUUGUAGCACUCACACUCUGGAGUAUUUUUCUCUCACUCUUGGCUUUCACUUUAUAAAUUGUGUGUUUUACCUUAAUAAAUGAUUGACUAUUUUUUAA